AUGGAGUUAAAGGUUACUUGCGACGAUGCUCAUCUUCAUUACAUUCAUCCAUAUCAAUUUAUUGAUUCUCCAGAAUGGGAAGCUUUCCACGAAUGGAGUGCGGAUUUAUUUCAGGUUACGAUCGAAGCAGAAGAAGAAUGUUUAUACCUUUGCUGGCCUAGACUUAAAUUGGAAAGAGUUUUAAGGCACAGAACACUUUUACGACAAGUUUUUGAAAGUAUGAUAGGUAAAGACAUAACACAAAAAUUAUACGCUUUAAAUGAACAUUUAGGAGGUUUAAGAUUGUCAAAAACGGAAAAAUUUAACGAAGCCUGUAAAAAAAAUUUAAUAAGAAGUUUGAGCUUCGAUGCUGUUAAUACUGGACGUAACGGAAACGUUAGAAGCGAAUUUUGGAAAAUUAAAAACGAUGAAUGUCAUCAAUACGUCGACGAAAAUUGCAGAACAACUCCUUCACCUACUGUUAAAAGUAGACACGCUCAUUUGUACAUGCCUAUUGUCGCAAGUCAGUUUCCAAAAGAGUAUCCGUUUGUCGAACAACGAAACGUUAUACAAAAUACAAACACGUUGAAACAAAAUUCUACUUCCGGUGGAAAAUAUAAUCAAUUUGUUUCGGAAUCUGGACAAUUUUGUAUACCGCCGGCUCCAGCGGCUCCUGUUGCUUUGGUCAUCAUGCCUGUUUUAGCACCGCAAAUACAAUCGUCAAUUCCAUCAAUUCAACCUUUUACACCUUUCAAAAGAACAAAAUCGACAAAUAUAAAAAAAAUAUUCAACAAAGAAAAAGAAGUUAAAUUUGAAACUCCCGUCUGA